AUCAUAAGGUGUAACCAUGGACGUGUAUAGGGGAGUAACUGUGCAUACAGUUUUAUUAUGCGCUUAGUUUUGGGUGGUUGCAUUUGCAUAUGCUUAUAUAAGCCGCUUUUACGUAUUGUUAUUAUUACGUAAGACUAAUUUCUUAGAUUUUAGGAUGCCUCCCAAAAGGCGAAAACUUGAUAAAGGUAGUUCUCCAGAUCAGCAGGAAGUUCUCGCCAGUUCUUUCAAUCCUCAUGUUCUCUCAGGAAUUAAAGUAUUUAUCCUACCUGCAGGUAUUCAAAAAGUGCGAUUAAAUCUCUUCAAGGCAAAUGUGGAGAACCUCGGAGGAUGCGUAGAAGAAAACGUGACACAUAAUACGACACAUAUAAUAGUUGACGAUGCAAUGACAUUAGAACGGGCGUGCAAGAUAAUGAAAGUAGACACGCCCCCUCAAGGUAAAGUAAUUGUAAAAAGUGCCUGGUUAAGUGAAUGUUUUGAUCAAAAAGCCAUCGUAGAUGUUGACCCAUUUCUACUCGAUACACCAAAGCCCAUGAAUAUUAAACAUGAACCUUAUGUGGUGGCUGUAAAUAAGGGCAACGGAAAAGAGCAUUACAACGCGUUUGAAGAACAGCCGAUGUCUUCUGGUUUUCUUCCAAAGACGGGAGUACCGUAUACAAAUAUUUUCACUCACAAAUCAAAUAUUAAAAACAAUGAUGAGGAUGCUGAUAGUGAUUAUUUUCCCAGUGAUAGUGAGGCGUCAGACGGAACUCUCACAAAUUCUACUGAUACAACACCAAACACAACACCAGAGAAAAAAUUGCCAAUUGGGAAAUGGAUUUGCACUCAGUCAUCAAAAGUUGCCAGUGUUAAUGCUAAUGAACACAUAACUUCGAAACUGGAGGAGAUGGUAAAAAACUAUGAGAGCACCAAUGACAAGUGGAGAGCCUUCGGAUAUCAAAAGGCAAUAGCUGCACUAAAGAAACACCCAAAACAAAUCACAACUUGGGAGGAAGCCAGAGCAUUGCCUGGCAUUGGCAGCAAACUUGCUGACAAAAUUUGGGAGAUCGUGCAAAGUGGGGAAUUGCGUAAACUGAAUGAGUUCCAGUCGAAUGAACAGGUGCAUGUGCUAAAGCUUUUCACAGAUGUUUGGGGAGCUGGACCUCACACUGCAUUAAAAUGGUAUCAGCAGGGAUUCAGAACAUUGGAAGACUUGCAGACAAAGGCAAACUUGACAAGCCAGCAGAAGAUUGGGGUUCGCCUCUAUAAUGAUCUUCUAGAUCGCAUGCCAAGGGAAGAAGCAAGAGAUAUUGAAAACAUUGUGAGAGAAGCAGCAGAAGCUAUACAACCAGGUGUAAUUGCCCAGGCAUGUGGAUCCUUCCGUAGGGGAAAACCAACAUGUGGAGAUGUGGAUAUUCUCAUAACUCAUCCAGAUGGUCACUCUCACAAAGGCAUCUUUGCCAAACUCAUCCAAAAAUUGAAAGACAUUGACUUUCUGACAGAUGACCUGGUGUCUGUGGAAGACAGUGGUAACCAGAAGAAGUAUUUAGGAGUUUGCAAACUCCCAGGACCCAGCAGUAAGCAUCGUCGUUUGGACAUUAUAGUGGUACCCUAUGAUGAGUACGGUUGUGCUUUAGUGUACUUCACUGGUUCAGCACACUUCAACAGAUCUCUGCGUCAUCUCUGCAAGAAGAUGGGCAUGUCUUUAAAUGAGCAUGCACUAAGGACAGGUGUUGUAAGAAAGGGUACUGAGAAAAUAUUUGAAGGAAUUGUUAUCCCAACACCUACUGAGGAAUCUGUCUUUAACACUUUAGGUGUACCUUUCAGGCCGCCAGAAGAAAGAGAUCACUGAAGGCUUCAGAGAACUUUCUCUCUUACUGCUACUCCCAUUCCUGUCCAUCCUCCUGUAUUCACACUUGUGUGUGCAUGCAUGCAUACCUGUGCUUUUAGACGUAUGCAUGAGCAGAUGUAGAUGUUCAAAAAAACCCACACACUGUUCAGUCUUGUUUAGAAAUGAAAUAGAAGGCAUAAACGUUUUACAUUUUGCCUCACAUUAUACAUUAGUGGUAUUUAUAAAUGUUUAAGAUUAAUUACGUGAUUUUUACGCAUAUAUGCAAAUGUUGUCUUCUGGUUUCUGUCAUUAAAUGCUUUUUUAUCUUAUUAUAUCUUUUACCCAAUUAUAUAUAACUUUUGUUUUAAAAAUAGUCUUGCUGACUUUGAGUGAAUUGAGCCCUUUAUAUUUUGUAUCAAAUGAAUUGUUCAUAGUUUGGUAUUAGAAAAAAAGAGCAUCUGUGAAUCUUUUCAUUUAUAUUAUUUCAUUGUAAUUCAAUAUUAAAGCUGAGUAGCUAUGAUGCA